UGAUGUUCCAGCAAGUGCCAAUGGUCAAAAUCGGUGGGAUGAAGCUGGUGCAGAGCAGAGCCAUUCUCAGCUACAUUGCCGCCAAAUACAACCUCUAUGGGAAGGACAUAAAGGAGAGAGCCCUGAUUGAUAUGUACAUAGAAGGUGAGGCAGAUUUGAAUGAAAUGAUCAUACUUUUGCCCAUAACCCCACUUGAUGAGAGAGAUGACAAGAUUGCCCAGAUCAAAGAGAGAACAACAAAUCGUUAUUUCUCUGCAUUUGAAAAAGUGUUGAAGAGCCACGGACAAGACCACCUGGUUGGCAACACGCUGAGCAGGGCUGACGUUCACCUGGUUGAACUUCUCUACUCUGUCGAAGAUCUUGACCCCAGCCUUCUGGCCAACUUCCCUCUGCUGAAGGCCCUGAAAACCAGAAUCAGCAACCUCCCCACCGUGAAGAAGUUUCUGCAGCCUGGCAGCCAGAGGAAGCCUCCAAUGGGUGAGAAAUGUUUGGAAGCAAAGAUUUUCAAGAUGAAAUAAAGCAAGCUAGACUGCCCAGCACACGCAGGACCAAUCCUCUGAAGUUUUCCAACAAUGAAGUGCUUGACUUAAACGUAGAUCCUGGCUUUUGUGACGCCAGUAAACUCUUCAA